AUGACAGCAACGCUUCAUUUCACUUCACUUCCUUCAGGCAUUAUAUUGCAAAGAAACGAUCGUAGUUUUGCCAGCAUUAAAGACGAGUGUCACAUUCAAACAGAGAGGAUUGGUUGUUUCAAAGAUGCCGUGAUCCCGUCUCGACCAAUCCCUGUGCUCCUUUUCACCGACCGUGACCCAACUAGCCCAGUAUACACUGGAGGUUUCAUUGACUUGAAAAACUGGAAUCUGUACAUGGACGACCUAAAAUGUCGAUGCUCCGAGGAGGCUAAAGGGAAAGGGUACAAGGUGUUUGGCUUGCAGUGGUAUGGCGAGUGCUGGUCUGGGCCGAAGGCACAUGAGACUUACAACAUCAACGGACCUUCAGAUCAAUGUGUUACUCAUGAUCUAGCUCACUGUACUGAUGAGGAAGAGGAAUGCGUUGGUAGAGAUUUUGUCAACUUUGUUUAUGAAAUCAUAGCAGCAAAUGCCAGUCAUAAUGCUUCAGGGAAGCACAUCCAUAACCAUACAUUGGAACACAAUGAGACGCGAAUUACUACAGGAUAUAAUAAUACUCAUCUCCAUGGGCAGAUCCAUCACCACGUGACACUUACUACACCAGCACCAACGACAGCACCUAAACCU